UUUUAACCAAUAAAAAUAAAUGUAUUGCUAACACUUUCCAUAAAAAUAAAUUACAACUAUAUUGGAAAAAUCAAAGAUACUCUCAGGCGCAGCGAUUAAUUCAAAGUUUGUUAGCGAUCUGACAUCGCUUAAUGUCGAUAAAGGCUCGUGUCUGAAUUAAAGUAGUCGUCACCAUGAGAUUGAGAAAGGGAAAUAAAGUGGAGAUCCGUGGCAAUACCGAACAGCUUAGCGUGGAAUGGCGUAGUGCUCGAAUAAUUUCUGGUAAUGGGCACACCUACAGUGUCCAGUAUGACCAUUAUAGCACAACAAGCGAGGCUAGCAUAGAGAGAGUUUCAAGGAAGGCCAUCAGACCAUGCCCCCCUCUUAUUAAAGGUAUUGAGAGUUGGGCAGCUAAUGAUCAUGUGGAAGUUUGUGAUGCUGGUUCUUGGAAAGCGGCUACUGUUUUGAAAGUCAUUGGUGGAGGCUUAUACUUGGUAAAGCUGUGGGUAACUUGCAACGAGUUAAAGGUUCACAAAGUAAACAUGAGGGCACGCCAAUCUUGGCUAAAUGGUCAAUGGAUUGUCAUGCCAAAGGGAUCAGACAUGUUUGGAGUUGGGAAGUCUAGCAAGUAUUUGAAUUCAAAGAGUUACAAGGAUCAACCUGAAAAUCAGCGAACCAGAAAUAUUUUUUCUCCAGUAUUAGAUGUCAGUGGUCGUCAGGAGCCUCAUCUGUCCUCAUCUUCAACAUUGAAGAGAUUGUCCCCUUAUGGCUCCUCUCUUAUUGAGGCUUAUCCCAGAAAAGUAAGGGCUGUUGAAAAUAUGGGUGAGUGUGGAAGAUUCAAAGCUGUAACCACAGCCUCCUUCCUGCAAAAGGUAGAUGCUGUUGCUUACCCGCAAAAUAUUAUGGGUGAAAAAUGCAUGCAUACAUCCUUUACUAAUGGUACCAACCAAUAUUAUGAAACAGGAAAGGAGAAUCCUUAUAUUGUUUCAACACAUUUUCUUGAAAGAAUUGAAGAACCUGAUUAUUCUUGUAGUGAUAGUUCAGUUGGCAGUUGUAGUGUGAAAAGUAGUAAUUCUAAUAAAUUUUCCAGUGAUACCUUAUCAGGUCCUUGCCAAGAUGAAGACAUCUUUUGCAGUGAUGCAGAAUCUCUAGAUGUUGGACAUGUGGAUAAAGGAUGCUCCAUUUCUCCCGAAGAGGCUGUAGCAGAUAGAAUUCAUAGGUUAGAGUUGCAUGCCUAUCACAGUACCCUAGAAGUUAUGUAUGCUUCUGGUCCUCUAAGUUGGGAACAAGAAGAAUUAUUGACUAACCUUCGUAUUUCACUCAAUAUUUCAAAUGAUGAACAUUUGAUGGAGAUAAAGAACUUAGUUUCAGAUAUGGGAGACUUGUCUGAUUGAUUCUUUAACUACCUUCUAAUGGGCCAGUGUAGGAGGCUUGCAUGCCUUGCUUUCAAUGGCUAAAUAUGAAGCUUGGUUUGCUUCUUCUCUCUGCAAAUUAAUUGGUGGCGUCUACCAAUAAUUUUCUUACAGAGAUAAGAAAUUUCUGACCAUUGUUUUCUCACUGUCAUGUCAUGCCAGAACAUCAAUUUUUCUAAAAGCUGUUGAUGUAAUCCUCAUAUGGAAGAUCUUCUUAUGAUACAAUUCUUCAGAUAAUAAUCAUUUAUUUGCAUGCCAUGUGGAUCAUAUUUAGUGUGACUUGAAUACUUUAUCCUGUCAAUUGAAAAAUAAAAUUUAAUGCUAGGAUGUUUCAGUAUGUGUUAUAUCAGUGUAGUUAAUGGCACUGGUUAUCUGUCACAUGGCCUCCUCAUGAUGCAUCAGCAGAUGUGGUGUGUUGACAUGGCAGCAAAUCGCAGCUACAAUAGUGAUGUUGCAGCUGUUACUACGUACGGGUCUGAGUUUAUUCUUGUGUGUGAUGGGUUGUGCAAUUUGCACCUCACAUUCCUCUGUUUCCACAGGCUUGGGGAGAGGAAGUACAUGAGAAGAUGAUGCGAAGAGGUCUCACGUGUUUUCCGUAUAUGAAAUUUUUCUCAUCAAGUUGCAUCGCAAAAAAUUAAUUUUAGUCCAUGUACUCUAUGUACUCUAUUCGACUAUUCGUUUAAAUUUUGUACGUUGCCAGCGAAUAUCAAUUUAAAGUUUCUUGGCAGUUGUUUAAUC